AUGGCUCUCUCCAACGCCACGUCUCUCUCCUCCAGAUCUAUCUCCGUUGACGGCGUCGCGUUUCUCCCUCACCGUCAAAGCAAUCGUCAAUCGUCGUUCACAUUUCACCCCAAGCUUAAGUCCGUUAAUCUCGUCACGGCGGUACACGCGGCGGAUCCAGCUAGAAACUCUGUUUCAGUCAAAGAAUCCGUUACUCCGGCGAAAUUGAAAUGGACACCGGAGAGCUGGAAAUUGAAGAAAGCAUUACAACUUCCUGAUUACCCAAACGCUAACGAGCUCGAAUCUGUGCUUAAAACGAUCGAAGCUUUUCCUCCGAUUGUUUUCGCCGGAGAAGCUAGGAAUCUAGAAGAGAGAUUAGCUGAUGCUGCUGUUGGUAAAGCUUUUCUUCUACAAGGAGGUGAUUGUGCUGAGAGUUUCAAAGAGUUUCAUGCUGAUAAUAUUAGAGAUACGUUUAGGGUUUUGCUUCAGAUGAGUAUUGUACUUACAUUUGGUGGUCAAGUUCCUGUGAUUAAGGUUGGGAGAAUGGCUGGUCAAUUUGCUAAGCCUAGAUCUGAUGCAUUUGAGGAGAAGGAUGGUGUGAAGUUACCUAGUUACAAAGGAGAUAACAUCAAUGGUGAUACUUUUGAUGAGAAAUCGAGAAUUCCUGAUCCGAAUAGGAUGAUUCGAGCUUACACACAAUCUGCAGCAACUUUGAAUCUUCUUAGAGCUUUUGCUACUGGAGGUUAUGCUGCGAUUCAAAGAGUUACUCAGUGGAACCUUGAUUUUGUUGAGCAAAGUGAGCAAGCUGACAGGUACCAGGAACUAGGCAACAGGGUUGAUGAGGCGUUGGGGUUCAUGUCUGCAUGUGGACUUACCACUGAUCAUCCACUCAUGACUACAACUGAUUUCUACACAUCACAUGAGUGUUUGCUUCUGCCUUAUGAACAGGCUCUCACAAGGUUGGACUCAACUUCUGGUCUGUACUAUGAUUGCUCUGCACACAUGGUGUGGUGCGGGGAGCGUACCCGACAAUUAGAUGGUGCUCAUGUGGAGUUUCUCAGGGGGAUUGCUAAUCCUCUUGGCAUUAAGGUGAGCAACAAAAUGGAUCCCAAUGAGCUGGUCAAACUUGUCGAAAUCCUGAAUCCUAACAACAAGCCUGGAAGGAUCACUGUAAUUGUGAGAAUGGGUGCCGAGAACAUGAGGGUUAAGCUUCCCCACCUGAUCAGAGCGGUCCGCAGGUCAGGCCAGAUUGUGACAUGGGUCUGCGAUCCGAUGCACGGAAACACCAUCAAAGCACCUUGUGGGCUCAAAACACGUGCCUUCGACUCAAUCCUGGCUGAAGUAAAAGCAUUCCUUGAUGUGCACGAGCAAGAAGGAAGCCACCCGGGUGGUAUCCAUUUAGAGAUGACUGGACAGAACGUGACAGAAUGCAUUGGAGGGUCCCGUACUGUGACCUACGAUGACUUAAGCUCUCGCUACCACACACAUUGUGACCCAAGGCUCAACGCCUCUCAGUCUCUUGAACUGGCCUUCAUUGUCGCUGAACGGCUCAGGAAGAGAAGAACAGCUACUCAGCGUCUAUCUUGA